AGAUCAAUCGAUCGAUCAAUAGAUAGAUAGAUGGAUGGACAGAAGUGCUAUUAAAUUAGCAACUAUGGGAUUUAAAACAAUGUGUGUUGAAAGAAGCGAGAAAGUGAGAUGGAAACACUGCGAUCUAUCAUCAACAGAAAAACACAAUCGAUUAAAUUAAUGAACAAACUCUCUCUUUCUAUCUUCUUCUUUUACUUCCUCUCAAGCACAAUAUAUACUGCCUCUAAAGCUCUUCUUUCUCCUUCUCUCUCUCUCAAGACACUUUUUCGACCUCUUCUCUCUGUUUUCUCUGUUUCUCUCUCAAUCUUACUCUUCCUAUCAGUCUUUCACACACACUCUCUCUCUUUCUCUCUCUCUCUCUCUCUCUCUCUCUCUCUCUCUCUCUCUCCCACCUUUUCUUGUGGUUACCAAUCACUGCCGACACUACCAUCACUGCCACUAAAAUCAAUACAACCACAACAGCAGCCAGAGCUAACAUUUCAUUCAUUGUAGCAGAUCUGGGCAUUAAUAUCAUCACCUAUCUUCUAUCAUCAGGUUUGUAGCCGCUUCAAGGCGUACGGAUCAACCCAGAUCCCAAAUUUCUUGCAGAAGGAUUUAAAUGGUUUGUUUCAGCAUUACAAUGCUGGCAGCAAUGAAUGAAGACAAUGCUGUGUUAUCGGGUCGUAACCUUAUUAUUGAUGAGAGUAGUUUUGAGGAGAACUUCUUGCGGUGCAUGAUUUGUCGGGAGAAAUUCAGCAAACAAGAACACCUACCAAAAUUUCUACAGUGCAAUCACACUUUCUGCUUGCUGUGCUUGAAAAAUGUUCUCAAACAUUCUAAUAACAACAGCCAAACCUUAAGACCUGAUAAAAAUAUCCUUAGGUGUCCAACUUGCAGAAAGGAGACAUGUUUGCCAUACCAUUCAGUUGAUUCCUUGCCAACUGACCACAGAAUCAUCCAAAUGAUGGACUUUCUGUCUGUGCAACAAACAGAUCUUAGGUUGAAGAGUCAGUGUAUGAAACAUGGUAACCAACCAGUGUAUUUUUUCUGCAGCAAGUGCAGACUUCCAGUUUGCCAAGACUGUACCAUUUUUGACCAUAAUGAACAAGAUGGUCAUAUCAUUACAGACUUAAAAACCGAGUUGGAGAGUAGCGCAGAACGUUUCACAGAAAUUGGUAAACGGUGCCAAGAAUGCAUCAAGUCUGCACGAGAGAUGAUAAAUGGCCACACAACAGCUUCCAAGAGACUUGAUGUCAUUGAGAAACAGAUUAAGUGUAUCAUAAAGGAAACCUUCAUCGAGUACCGUCUACUGCUUGAGAAAAGGGAAAAAGCACUUGCAGAAAAGGCCACUGAGAUGAUACGAGAGCAGAAGUCCAAAAAAGACAGUAGGUUUGAAGAGCCAGAUUUGACUGAAGAUUCUUUAGAGCGCCACAAGAGGUCCUUUCCAAAAGUCAGAAGGGGGUCGAAUGAUAUGUUUCGUUUUUUCAACAUUGAAAAGGAAAUUGAUAGCAUCAUCAAAAAAGAUGAAGCAACAGACAGCGAUGACACAGAUGAUAAACACUCGCAGACCACAAGUCUGGAGAGAUACAAUGAGGUGCAACUCACCGAUGAACUGAACAGUCUUGACCAGGUUAUUAUGCAGCUGGAUCCAACUCUGAAGAAUCCAUUGCAUAUGAUGGAACCACCAAGGACAAGCAAAUUCGAAGACAAAAGCGUUGCCACAUAUCCUGUGAGGGAUGCUGAAAGUGGAGAACAUCUGAACAUGACUAUGAAAGAGAAACUGGAAUCUUAUGAAAAUUGGAUCAGCCAAGCUGCAACAUUGGAACGUCGGCGAACUUUGUUAACGUCGGUGAAACAAGACAACAGGCAGCACCAAGGGGAGGUAAUCUAACCAGCUAGCAGGAUAAGGACGAGAGUAGCUGAGAUGGAAUGUAAUUCAACGACAUAUGUGCGAGAUGAAGAUAGAAAGUCAUAUAGAUUUUUGUUUAGAUUUAAAAAAAAAAAAAACCUCACCUUCUUCCAUACAAAACGAAAAAAAAAAUAAAAGAAAGAAACGACUGAAACUUUCUUGAUUUAAAAUUUAACCUAGUAUGGUUGAGUUGUUUCCCUUCCAUCUUUCAAGUUCUACAUAUACAUUAAACACACACACACACACACACACACUAAUAUAUAUAUAUAUAUAUAUAUAUAUAUAUAUAUAUAUAUAUACAGGCAUAACUCAACUUAUGUUAGAAAUUCGUUUAAAAAAAAAUGGCGUAACAUGAAAAAAAAUUUCCAAUACUUAUCAGCUUAUAUCCAAUUUGAUGAAUAGUUUGUAUAUAUUUUUACAUGUAUUUUAUUUGAUUUUCCACUUCAGUAUUGAUUUUUAGAUGUUUUUUUUAAUUUUUUAUGCUUUUAAGUAUGUUCACUACAUAAAGUUAGAUAAAUCAACUGAAGUUAAAGUCUUUUUUUUUUCAUUAAUUUCUUUAAAAAAAAUAGAGUGUAAAGUUUAAAAAGACAUAACUCAAAGCAACACAAGUUGAAGUAUGCCCGUAUGUGUUUAUGUGUGUGUGUGUGUGUACUUUUUGUUUGUGCAUUAAGGCUACCAUUAGUUUCAUGUCAAGAAAAUAUCUUAAUAUCUUAAACAAUUUUUCAAGUCAAUCAUAUGGAAACAAACUCCAAUUUCUCCAUGUGAUUGCUUUGAAAAUUUGUUAAGAUAUGAAGGUAUUUUAUUGAUAUGAAACCAAUGGUAGCCUUAAUAAACAAAUAAAGAAUCUUUAUCCAUGAAUGCAGUAUUGAACACUUAUUCUCAUUGUUCAACAUUUACACGUGUGUGUGUGUGUGUAAUAUUAGGGAUAAAAUCCAAAAUUACAGGUAAAAACUCAAUUAAUUAUUAAUUUUUCUAUAUGUGACAGUGGAUUUUCAUCGAUGAGUUCAUGAACCUUGGUUCUUUUCCCUAAAACUAUAUAUAUAUGUGUGUGUGUGUGUGUGUGUUUAUAUUGGGUUGAUGGUAUAAACAGGAGAAAUAGAACUCAAUACACAAAAUAAAGAGUAGAGUAUAUGCAUUUCUUAUGUAUUAGCUAUAAAGCUAAAUAAGUGACUCAAAGGCCUACAGUUUCAAGCCUACACUUAUCACAAAGGCCUACACUUAUCACAAUAGCCAAAAAAAACCUCAGAUCUGUGAGGUGUAGAUGUGGAUUUAUUAAAAAAAACACUGAGAUAUAUGAACCCAUAUCACAGCAAGAUAUGCAAAAGAAGGACUGUGUUGCCAAAAACAAAAAGCAGAGAAAUUCAUGGAACUGCAAUUAAAUACACUAACAAUUGCACCAACACCGCUGCCCCAUCCUGGCCACAGUAUUUGGUUGAAACAAGUAAAAGUAUAAUGCAUGAAACUUUUAGUCCUUGAGUCACUUAUGUAGCUUUACAGUUUAUAUAUAUGUAUAUAUUUACAGCUUUGGAUAGUAAAUCUUUCAUUAACAGUAUUUUUUUAUGGAAUUUUGACUAGACUGCAUAAGGAACUUUGAUAUUCAAUUAAAUAAAAGAUGAAAUCUUAUAAUUCUUUUCCCCUGAAUCCUACUACUUAGCAUCUGUAUAUUAAUAUGCAAAGAUCAAAUGUGUGAUGUUCUCAUGUGGUUAAUUGAAGGGAGAGGUAAAAAGAGAGAAGAGUGUUAGUGGUGAGAGCCAGGAGAAAGGGAUUGCUAUUAUGUUAUGUGGUUAAAUAGGGAGUUGAAGGAAAAGGUAUAGUGACAGAGAAACAGAACGUAUUUAGAAGGAUGUAUAGUUGUAAGGAGAAUCAAAGAGAGAGAGACAGUGUGUAUGUCUGUCUUGGUACAUGGUUUUAAAUGUUGUAUCAUAGAAUAUUGUGACAGACAAUAACAAUAAAACUUUAAUUGUUGUUACAGGUCUUAAUGUUCAGACAUUUCUAUAUCUUGUGGCCAUUGACAGAUAGAAAGAUGGAUGACUAGAUUAUAUUGAAUGACAGUUAAAUUAAAGGUUGUGACCAUGCUGGGGCAUUAUUUAGUUUGUUUGUUUUUUGUUAUUAGGUUUAAAUGCUUAUCUGUAUUGUCAGAGUAGACAGAUGCAUGCAACAAGAAAGGAAAAGUAGAUAUGACAGAGAGACAAGUAGGUAUGUAGAUCAAUAGAUAUACAGUUAGAUAAAAAGAUAGUUGAACUGAAAUGGAAAUAAUGUUGGACUAAGUUUUGUGAAAUAAACAGGCUUUCAAUUUCCCACAGAUAUCAGAAUAUUCAGAACAAGUCAUUCUUUUAAAUAGUCGUACCACUAAAUUUGUUAAAGUGAACUUUUAUGUGGUGUGUGUGUGCAUAUGAUAUUAUCUUUAAGCAUGUAAAUUUCUUUCUUAAAUUAAAAUUUACUUAAUAAUUAAUUUCAACUGCUCUUUAUUUAGUUUAAAGAAAUUAAUUCUGAAUUUUUAAAAAUUAUCUUCCUUUGCUUUGAGAGUUGCUAACAAUUGCCAAUGGCUAUUACUUUUCUUUAUUCAAUUAAGAGGCAAGUUUCAAUUUUAGUUCAAUUUUUUUUUAUAUAAUAUUCAGUUUAUCAGCUUUCAAUUUAAUUAUCCAAAUUCAUGCCAUUUGUCCAGUUGAGUUAUUUCCCUCAUUAGCUCAUUUUAUUUAUUUAUUUAUUUAUUUUUAAGUAUAAAAAAACAGACCUUAUUGCUUUGAUGAAAUAGUAUCUGCUGUGGGUAUUGAAAAUUCAUCAGAAUAAAUAAUUGUAUAAAACAGUCAGUUUAUAUCAUAUACAAUAUAAUUAACAUUCUCCUUGUUGCAGAGAAAAAAAUCAAAAAAAAAAAAUCAAUAAUAAUAUAUUAGAAAAUAAAUAGAGAAUAUGGUUGUGCAUAAAAUAAUAAUCCAGGUAUACCACUGAUGAUCCAACACUUCCUCUAAUCUGGAUAUGAAUAAUUCUGUGAAGUCACUUGCAUAUCCCACAACCAUUAUAAAUAACAUUUUCUCCAUCAAAGUUUCAUGAAACACUUUAGUUUAUUCGCUGGUAACAUACUGUGGUGGAACCACCCUCCUUUCUUCUAGUAAUAAUAAUUAUGAAAGUGAAAAUACUGAAAACAUGUGCUAACCCACUAGAAAAUGAUAUCACAAAACAUAAGUGAUGAGCAUGUUAAUUAAUAGAUACCUUUACUGCAGUGAAUAUAAUUAAGGUGGCAAGCUGGCAGAAUCAUUAGCACAAUGGACAAUAUUUUUAGUAGUAUUUUCUCUGUCUUUGCUUUCUGAGUUCAAAUUCUACUGAGGUUGACUUUGCCUUGCAACCUUUCAGAGUUGAUAAAAUAAGUAUCUGUUGAGUACUAGUCUCAAUGUAAUUGACUCUCCUGAACUUGCUGGCCUUGUGCCAACAUUUGAAAUCAAUAUAAUGUCCAGAUUGAAAGAAGAAAAUCCAAAGUUAAAUAUAUGCUGUUGAUGUCAUGAGAAUUAAUAAACUUUUGAGAGACUGUGAAAUAAUUCUUUUAUGGAACUGGACCUCAAAGCACUUGCAUAAAGCUUUAAACAAUGGCAUGUAAAUAUUGGUUUGAAAAACCCAUUUGGACAGAAAAUGUUGAAGGCUAUCCAUGGGAUUCAAACUCACAUCUUCAGCAGACACAACAAGCUUUCUAUCAUUGGACAAAGCAAUCCUUUGAAUUUCUCUAUCCAUUUCAGAAACUAUAUUCUUACCAGAGAGAAUUGUGUGUUGUUGAUAUCACAAGAAUGUAUAAACUUUUGAAAGAAGAUGAAACAAUUCCUAUUUGGAACUGGAUCUCGAAGUACAAAGCUGUAAAUAAAAGCAUGCAAAUAUAAGUUUGAAAAACCUUUUCGGAUGGAAAAAGUCAAAAGCUGUCUAUGGAACAUGAACCCACAUCUCUUGUAGGGGCAGCCUUCAACUUUUUAUAUCCAAAAGGGUUUUUCAACCCAGUGUAUACAUGUUGUUAUUUAUAGCUUUAUGAGCUUUGAGAUUUAGUUCCAAAAAGGAAUUAUUAAAGAUAUGUCUUCCAUAGUUAUGUUUCAAGAGAAGGUCCAGUGGGGUUCAGUGAUUAGAUCAGCACAUAGCAUUAGAUUUUGUUUUAAAUAUUUCAUCCUGGUUUUCUCAGCCCCUGGACCAUAUCCCUGCUCCCUGCUUUCAAGGCAGAGAUGGCUGUCCAUAAGUGCAAGUCAGAUUGGCUGUUCCAGCACAUCUCCCUCGCAACCUUCAGGGCAAUGCCAUUUCCAUUUUGGUCUGACAUAGAGGAAAUUGUACAAUCCACUCCUUAAUGUAAAGUUGGCAGGUUAGAAGAGUGUUUCUGCCUUUAAAAUGGUAAAGACCCCCUUCAGUCAUGAAUGACCAUGAGAUUGCACCUAGAAAGUCCCCCUCCGAGGCACAAGUCUGGGCAAGGUUGUAUAUGGAAGACCACCAGUUGCCCAUGCAUACCAACCUCCCCUCUCCAUGCCACUGUUAUCCAAGGAAAAGGCAAAGGGGCAGAUACAGCUUGGCACCAGUGAUGUCACAACUCAUUUCUACAGCUGAGUCAACUGGAGCAACAUGAAAUAAAGUGUCUUGCUCAAGAACACAAUGCACAGGCCAGUUUGGAAAUCAAACUCACUACCUCAUGAUUGCGAGCCAAUGCUCUAACCAUUGCGUGAUGCGCCUUUGUAAUGUUUCUAAAUAAACAAAGGUGUGUUGUGAAGGUUUAAUAGCAAAAAAAUUAGUAUUUGCAUUGUGACUAUCUUCUAGGAAUUUAAACUGAAUUAUCAUCAUAUGACUUCUGUGAAUCCAGCAAGACAUGGCAUGUGUUUGAAACUAAGUAUAAUGGAAAAUCAGUGGUGUACCUGUAAUAUAUUAUAUUGAACUCCAGCAUGGUUGUGAAUUUAUUUGUUUCUUCAUGUUCAAAAAAAAAAGAAAGAAUUUUUUUCUUUUAGUUUUAGAGCUUUUCAAUAAUUUUCUUUUUUAAAAAUAUUUGGUUCAUUCCUAUUCAAUGCUAAAUAGCUGAAGAUUUUUCAAAAUAUAUCAGUCCAACAAAUCUUUUUUUUUUAAACUUCAUUAAUUUAAGAUUUAUUUUCCAAAAUGUUUAAAAUAAAACAAAAAUUGUUCUGUUAUUUUAAUUUACAAUAUUUAAAUUUCUUUCAGUUAUUUAAACAAACAAAAGAAAAAAACCAUUUGAAAAUCUUAUUUCAUUGUAUAUUUCAUUUUUUUCUUCUAAUUUUUAUAUCAUGUAAUAAAUAAAAUGAUCUCUU